AUGGCCAAACCCGGAAAGUGCGAGCACUCCUUCAAGAUGAUCAAAUCCGACACGACUCUCAUUCUCUGGAACUGCAACAUGUGCCACUUGGGACCACAUUGGUUCAUCUACGAGUGCGCCAAGUGCAAGCUCAAGACUUGCCGGACUUGCACCGCAAAGGCAACGAAAUGA